AUGACCGGAGAAGAACUGUACUUGUUCAACAGUCGCGAUCAGACGGAGUCAGAUCGGCUGAACACACAACACAAGGUCCUAGCGGGCUUUAUGGGCUACAAGUUGCUUCACCCAUCCAUCGAUUUGAGUGGGAAAGGCGCUCUGAGAGUGGCUGAUGUUGGUACCGGCACCGGGAUUUGGCUCAAAGAGCUGUCGCCUUUCUUGCAGUCUUUUCCUGACGGUCGAUCACACUACCUCCACGGCUUUGAUAUCUCCAAUGACCAAUUUCCUGUCGACACAAACGAUAUCAGUUUCUCCACCCAUGAUUCCACCAAGUGCUUCCCUGAAGAGCACUUGAAUUCGUAUGACAUUGUUCACCUCAGGCUACUGGUACUUGCACUACCAGAGCCAGACAUCCGAAAGGUUAUGGAAAAUGUCGUCCAGCUUUUACGCCCUGGCGGGUAUCUCCAAUGGGAGGACACCGACUGGUGCUAUACAGGACCCGAUCGGCCGGCCCCAACAAUUACCAAGAUCCUUGAUAUGGUGGUUGAAUAUUCCAUCCAAGUUGGAUUUUCUAUGCGCAUUUCGGAAUGUCUCAUGGAUCAGGGGAAACGGCUUGAUCUCCAGUCACUCAAUCGAUUUGUAUAUGACACCCUCGAAAAUCCGGAAUGCUACACUGAUGUGAAGUCAUGGUUUAGCCAGCUGCUUCGGGCGUUGUUGCCAGUGACACUGAUACGAACCGGGCAGGCAGCAAAUGAGUCGGUAGCCCAAGCACUGACAUGCCGAAUGCUGGAAGAUGUUGAAUCGGAGUAUUCCCAAGGAGUUAUUCCUAGAUUUCGAAUGAUGGCGGUUGUGGGAAGGAGAACCUCUGAAUCCGUGUGA